AUGACACCAUCGGAAGUUGCAAACGACGCCCUCAAUGCUACGCUUGAGGCUGUACAAGCUCUGAUGAAGCGUUCUAGACGGGUGGCAAAAGAUUUGAAGCUAUAUGGGGGGAGCGCCACAUCAUUCUCCCCUAAGCUGCUGUCUUGUGCAGCCGUAGUACGGCAGCACUCAAAAGCUGGGGCAUUUGUAUCAUUGCCUGACUGGAACUUGGUGGUCGACAAUGACCCACGCAUUAACACCCACCCACGGUUCCACAAGACUGUUGACUAUCGUCGUUCCCCCACCUCUCCCAAUGCAGAACAAGAACCUAGUUCAUCAUCUUCCAUAGUACCGGCGGAGCUGCAUUCAGUGACAGAGACGCUGGAAGAUGUGAUCCCAGCUGGUACACCAGAACAGCCUGCCCAAUCGAAGGCCCCGCAUCCCGUCCAGUCGCCUUAUACUGUCUCGGAGGUGCAACUGCCUGCAUUGCUAUCCCCUGCUGCGCCGGUUACAGAACCCAUGGUAAUCGGAUAUCCGAAGCACGCCUCUGUGACUUUCAAAGAACACGUUGCCGGAAGUAUCACAACGGCACAGAAGGCGACCCCACCGCCAGACAAGAAGCAGAAAGAUAACGGAAAGCGUUUCGACUGUGAACCCACACCAACUCCGGUAUCAUGGAAGCCACUCCAUAAACGAAAGAGAAAGUUCAUGUCGGAUGACGAGGAGACAGGGGCCUCUGGUACAAUCCAUGUUAAGCACAGGGCGUUAUCGGUGAAGGCCGGUAAUGCUGUCGCCCGUUCAGACAGGUCUCAAACAGACGUUGUAGACCAGAGAGGGUUUUGGGAUGCAGAAACAAGGCCGGCAGGAUGGGGUCUAGAUUCUACAAUUGCCACUGCAGUGGAGUCCAGCAUUCUGUUCGUCACCAUUGACGGCGCUGGCGUCCGGCAGAGGCUGCAAGCGAAAGCUCAGGCAGCUAUGACCGAACCCAGUAUCAACCCACGAUCCAAAUGUUCCAAGACACGCACACCCAAGUCACAUGCGGCCGUCAAAACACCCUUAGCAUUUGCCCUGCCAAAGACCACCAAACCUUCCACUCGUUCAACCUCCCGUGCCGUGCAAACAGUUGUUGUAGACAACUCACCGAUUGGUAAUCCAUCUGUUGCAUCCUUUCGACUCAGCAAACAGUCAGGUUUGCAACCAUCCGCACCAGCCAUCCUCCCGGAGCCUGAACCGACCGCAGGAGAUAUAUUGCAGAGCAUCCAUGACCUCGGCAGGAGAUUCAAUCUCCUUGCAACCAAUGAGCGAAUGGAUGCUUUGGAUACAAGGGUUGAUUUGGUAGAGCAGAGGAUUAGCGUAAGGCUGAUGGCAUUGGAGGAACACUUCUCUAUCUCGGAUGCCCAUCAAAGAUCGGUAACACAGUCCAUCGGAAAUCUGUCGAUGUCCUUCUGGGCACACAGGAACAAUCCUAGUGCGCAUCGUCAUCAAGCUAACGGUACCACAUAUGCACCCCAGCAUCACCCGGAACAAACCAUUGCAUCAUGGCCGAUCUGUAAUUCUACUGGUGAUGAACACCCGGGCAUCUCCACCGUGGGACAAGAGUACACCCAUGCAUGGGAUCAAUCCCUCACGACAGUUUUUCCAGGCAACACCCGGGCCUCCACAUCUGGGUGGCAGUUCGCCCACGCUCCGGAUCCUCCGUAUAUGCGCCGGGAUUCGAUUGCAUCUUCCCGACUGUCCAGCGCAUCGCCUGUCGAAUCGGAGGAGUAG